CAAUAUACAGUGAUUUGAUGCUUGAUUUUUCUUAGCAUUUAUGAUCAACUGAAUGUGGAAGCAAGUCCAGAAAUGCAGGAGAAAAUUGUUAUGGUGUGUCGUGCUCAUCACUGUUUCCAUGGUGAUUCUUGUAAACAUCACCAGAAAAUGUAGCUUACGGGCGAAUCUUGCGUGGGUGAAAUAUCAAAUAUUUGGGAAAAAAAGAUUGUCCACAGAGAUGAUGAUAAAAAUACACGAAAAUGUGACAAUCAUAACAGCAUUCUGGGACCUCGGGAGUUUUCGAAAAGGAAAUGGAUCACUCGAAUACUCGGCAUAUGAUUACAGGGACUGGUCGUCUGUAUUUACGUGGAUGGUCAAUCCAUUGGUUGUUUACACCGAUUCCUUGAACUUUAAAAUAAUAAUGGAAAAAUAUCGUGAAAGUUAUCCAAAUAAAACCAAAAUCAUAUUCACAGAACGGCAAAAAUUUUGGUCUUUCCAAAUCGUUAACAAUAUUAGUUCAGUGUUUGAACAGCCAGAUUAUCCAAAGUUUUAUCCUAAUACGGUACUUCCGGAAUAUUCUGCAUGUCAGCACACUAAGUACGCCGUUGUUGCAGACGCCUUGAAGAUGGACAUUUUUCAAACAGAGUUUUACGCUUGGCUAGAUAUUGGCUACUUUCGUGAUGUUGUCUGUGACGAGAAUUAUUUCCGAAUUAAUCCACCACCAAAAAUAGACAAAGGCCGACUGUCUGUGACCAAGGUUAAUGAAUUUAGAAGCAAUAUAUCUAUAGAGUCUAUAUUCAAAGAAAACGAGGUUUGGGUAGGAGGGGGUAUGCUAGUAGCGACCAAAAAUGUUUUUCUUAAGUUUGAAAAAUUAUAUAAAAGAUCUGUUGAAUUCUUUUUAAAUCUCAAAAUAAUGAACUCGGAUCAACAAAUUAUCUAUGGAUUGUAUAGUAGUGAGGGCAGGGAAUAUUUAAAACCGGAUGUGGAACUACAAGUGUUUUCCCUUGUAGAUUCACAGAGAGUCGACACAGAUAAUGUUUGGUUUUACUUAGGUUACGUCUGCCUUGAAUAUGUCUGAUAUAAUAUUAUUUUAUUAUUCUUUAUUGUGUUAUUCAAUAAAUCUGAUUGGUAAGCAACAAUAGUGAUGAUGU